AUGUCAGAUAACGAAAAUAACAGUGGUUCUCCUAUUGAUAGAUCAAAGAGGCCUCGCUUUGAAGACGAAGAAUGGGAUUCAGAUUACGAGAGAGAUGGCCAGGAAGAUCGCCAUCCCAAGAGAUUAGCAGUGCUCGAUCCAGAGACCAAAGCACCUCAUUUUAUUCCUUCGUCGGAUGACACGCCUGCUAGCCAUACCAAAGAUGCGUCAUCUCCGGAAAAGACAAGUCGAAGAAAAAAGUGGGAAGAGCACGACUCUGAGGAUGAAGUCGAGGAGAAAAUACGCCCUGAACCAACUUCUCACAACCACGCUUCCAGUGACCAAAAGCAGCAACAACAGCAACAACAACAGCAACAACAACAGCAACAACAACAACAACAACAACAACACGAUGACCAAGCAGAGACAAUCGCUAUCCGUUCGCUAGUUGGUACCAAAGAUGCAGGUGUUAUUAUUGGACGUGGUGGAAAGAAUGUCAGUGAUAUCCGUGAAUCUUCAAGUGCUCGUGUCACAAUCUCUGACAUUAUACCUGGCGCAUAUGAAAGAAUAUUGACAGUAUCCGGACCCAUGGCGGCCGUUGCCAAGGCUUAUGCUCUCGUUGGGGAAAAAAUCAUAUCGGAACACGCACAGCCCGAAGAAAGCAAUGCUCAUGGUGAACAAACCAUAGUCAUCAAAUUGCUCGUGCCUGACAGCAAAAUGGGUACCUUGAUCGGCAAAGGUGGUGUUGUUAUCAAGUCCAUCCAAGACGACAGUGGUGCUCGUUUGAAUGCAUCUGAAGAGCCAUUACCCAUGUCUACGGAACGCACUGUGUCUGUGCAAGGUACACCAUCAGCAGUCGAACAGGCAGUGUCUCGUAUCGCCAAGAUUUUGCUGGAUCACAUGGAUCGCCCUUCUCCCAGCCUUGUACAUUAUCGUCCUAUUGCAAUGCAUCAUAGUGGUGGUCGUGGUGGAAAUAGCAGUAGCAGUAAUGCAGGUGGAGGAAAUUACAUGAACAUGAACAUGAGAGGAGGCGCUGCUGCCGCUGCCGCUGCUGCCAUGGGGUACGGUGGCAUGAUGCCUAUGGGAGGUAUGCCAAUCAACAAUGCAAGUCAAUUCUACUAUGGAGGAGGCGGGGGCGGACCCGGUGGAUCAAGUUCUGCUGCUAUGGGUAGUUAUGGUGGUCUACCUCAUUCUCGACAACAAGACUAUGGUAUGGGCAUGGGCCCUAUGGGAGGUAUGGGUGCCAUGGGUGCCAUGAGUGGCAUGCCAGGCAUGACUGGAUCAUCUCAGGCACAGCAGAUAUUUAUCCCUAACGAGAUGGUUGGUUGCAUCAUUGGAAAAGGAGGUAGCAAGAUUAACGAAAUUAGACAGUUGAGUGGAAGCCACAUCAAAAUUGCAGAUCCUCAUGGCGACACAAAUGAGCGGUUAGUUACCGUUACUGGUUCACCUGAAAGCAACCAAAUGGCACUUUAUCUCUUGUACUCGAGACUUGAAUCAGAAAAGAAUAGAAUGGGUUUACGCCAAUGA